UCACUCCUCUUCCUCCUCGCCCCUCCUCCCGUGUUGCUCGCGACGGCAAAGGCAGGGAGAGAGAAGGCGGCGGCGGCGGCAGCGGCAGCAGCGGAUCCGGCGGUGGAUCCCUUCUUCUUAGAGUCGGAAUCUGCUCUCGCUCCGGCCAUUUUGUUUCAGCGCCCGCAGGUUGACCAUGGACAACGACGCAGCGCCGCCGGCCGAUGCCGCCGCGGGGGAGCGCGCGGCGUCGCCGUCGCGGCGGCUGCCGGACUUCCUGCAGUCGGUGCGGCUCAAGUACGUGAAGCUGGGGUACCACUACCUCAUCACCCACGGCAUGUACCUGCUGCUCACCCCGCUCAUCGUGCUCGUCGCCGUCCACCUCUCCACGCUCUCCCCGGGCGAGGUCGCCGACCUGUGGGCGCACCUCCGCUUCAACCUCGUCUCCGUCGUCGCCUGCUCCACGCUGCUCGUCUUCCUCUCCACCGUCUACUUCCUCACCCGCCCGCGCCCCGUCUACCUCGUCGACUUCGCCUGCUACAAGCCGGAGCCGGAGCGCCGGUGCACGCGUGACACCUUCAUGCGCUGCUCCAAGCUCACCGGCAACUUCACCGACGCCAACCUCGAGUUCCAGCGCAAGAUCCUCGAGCGCUCCGGGCUCGGCGAGGACACCUACCUGCCGCCCUCCUUGGUCAGCGUGCCGCCCAACCCCUCCAUGGACGAGGCGCGCAAGGAGGCGCAGCUCUGCAUGUUCGGCGCCAUCGACGACAUGCUCGCCAAGACCGGGGUGAAGCCCAAGGACAUUGGGAUUCUUGUGGUGAAUUGCAGCCUGUUCAACCCGACGCCUUCGCUGUCGGCCAUGGUGGUGAACCAUUACAAGCUGAGGGGGAACAUAAUCAGCUACAAUCUGGGAGGAAUGGGCUGCAGUGCUGGCCUCCUGUCCAUAGAUCUGGCCAAAGAUUUGCUGCAGGUGCAUCCCAACUCGUAUGCGCUGGUGGUCAGCACAGAGAACAUGACUCUGAAUUGGUAUUUUGGGAACAACCGUUCGAUGCUUGUGUCGAAUUGCCUGUUCCGGAUGGGGGCCGCAGCGAUCCUGCUGUCGAACAAGAGAUCAGACAGAUGGAGGUCCAAGUACGAGCUGGUGCACACUGUGAGAACUCACAAGGGUGCAGAUGACAAAUGCUUCAGCUGCGUCACCCAGGAGGAGGACGAUGAUGGCAAGGUUGGUGUGGCACUGUCAAAGGACCUCAUGGCGGUGGCUGGUGAUGCGCUCAAGACAAACAUCACGACACUUGGCCCGCUUGUGCUACCAUUCUCAGAGCAGCUGUUAUUCAUGCUCACGUUGGUUGGUAAGAAGUUGCUCAAGAUGAAGAUCAAGCCAUACAUUCCUGACUUCAAGCUCGCAUUUGAGCACUUCUGCAUCCAUGCCGGUGGGCGCGCUGUGCUGGAUGAGAUAGAGAAGAACAUGGACCUCACCGAUUGGCACAUGGAGCCGUCACGGAUGACAUUAUUCCGCUUCGGUAACACGUCCAGCAGCUCGCUCUGGUACGAGCUGGCCUACAGCGAGGCGAAGGGGAGGAUCAGGAGACGCGACAGGAUCUGGCAGAUAGCGUUCGGUUCAGGGUUCAAGUGCAACAGCGCAGUCUGGAAGGCGCUACGAUCAGUGAACCCGGCGAAGGAGAAGAACCCCUGGAUGGACGAGAUCGACACGUUCCCGGUGGAUGUUCCGAAGGUUUCAAAGGUCUCGAGCGUCUGAAAUACUUUGCCUGUUGAGCACUGUCACUCACAGUGCGUCUGAUGAAUCUUAGUAUUGGAUUUCUGUUUUUCAUUGUUAGGGUGAUAUGUUGGGGGAUUAAUUUUAGAUGAUUCCAUUAGGUGGCACAGAGGAGGUCCCAGCAGGGCGGUGGUGUUUUGUUCAGUUUAUGGCAUCGAUCGGUUUCUGCAAAUUCUGAUUGAAUAUGUUUUUAAUAUCUGGUGUUUCAUGUGGAUCAAGAAUCCUGGCCCCAGAGGAGGGUACCGCAUUAGUUUUU